AAGAAUAAAAAAAAGAGAAAAAAAGAAAAGGAAAGAGGCAGGAAAAACGAAAGGGAGAAAAAAAAGGAAGGAGGAGGAAGGAAGAAGCGAAGGAAAGAAGGAAGGAAGAAAGAGGAAGAAGAAGAGAGGGAGGAAGCAAGGAAGAGAGGGUGGAGGGGAGGGAGGAAGGACGGAAGGAAGCAAGGAAGGAAGGAAGGGAGGGAGGGAGAAAGGAAGAGAGGGUGGAGGGGAGGGAGGAAGGACGGAAGGAAGGACGGAAGGAAGGAAGGAAGGAAGGGAGGGAGGGAGAAAGGAAGAGAGGGGGGAGGGGAGGGAGGAAGGACGGAAGGAAGCAAGGAAGGAAGGAAGGGAGGGAGGGAGAAAGGAAGGAAGAGAGGAAGGGGGAGGGAGGAAGGGAGGAGCGAAGGAAGAGAGGAGGGAAGAGAAGGAGGGAGGGGCAGGAAGAAAGGAAGGAAGGGAGGAAGGGAGGGAGAAAGGAAGGAAGGAAGGAAGGAAGGAAGGAAGGGAGGAAGAGAGGGAGGAAGAGAGGAAGGGGCAGGAAGAAAUGA